UCACAAUGUGACAGAUGUUUGUGGAUCACUACUAUACUAAUCUUCAUCUGAUCUUCCUUCCAGUUCAGAUGUCCACACCGGUACAUAUCAAUCCCCGUCAACGUUCACAUGCACAUCCAGAAUGUUCACUAAUCGAUAGAUUGGUACUGGUCGGAAAUCACAAUAUACUUUCGUUCGAUCGAUACUUAGGACUUCCAUAUUUGUUUGAUGUCACAUCACACAAUACUGACUUCAACCAAUCAAGGGCCUCGACUCCGACCCUCGGAGGCAGGUGAUAUCCAUCAUCGUCAUGCCGAUUUGGCGAUACGAGGGCUGCAGCGCUGAACAGCAGUAUAUCUGGUACGAAGACUAGAUCGUUAUAACCUUCAACAUCCCUCACUCGCUCGCACUCAUCCCUCGAAUAUGACCCUGGUCUCAAAUGAUCCCGCUUCGUGGCCGAUAAUCAAUUCAAAUGUUUAUUUAAGCUAUUUGAUGGUCGCCGCAGGCGUCGUGGUGGUAUACGAUUGGGUACUUACACUUGGACGAGAGAUUGAAUUGAUCUGGAGGCAACGCUAUUCUCUCAUGAUUGCGCUGUACUUGAUUAUACGCUAUGUUGGAAUACCAUAUUCUGUCAUAACUGUUCUGCGCAACAUUGCGAUCUACGUAUUGAAUGGGACGGAUGUGGUCGUGGCUGCCAUGCUGGGCGUCAUCAUGAUUGCUCGGUUACAUGCCAUGUAUCAGGGAUCUAGAAUGAUGCUUAUCUUCCUUCUUAUUAUCUUCCUGGCUAUAACCAUCGCCUGGGGAGUACUCAUGGCAAUAUCACUCAAGUAUACUGUAACGGAGGAGCUGAUAUUCUCUGGCACAUAUAUGUGCGAGUAUAGCUUUGAGGGGGUCGUCCAGCUUCUUAUUUCAAUGCUUUGGGUGCUCUACACUGUUUGGGAGGUCCUCGCACUGUGUCUUUCAUUCGGGAUUGCUGUGAAACACUUCCGUGACCUGCGACGACUCGGCCCAUUGACAGGAUUGACCAUCAGGGACUGUUUCAGAGUGCUGGUACAAUCCCACGUGCUUUAUUUUGCGAGCUUUGUUGGUGUCUCUUGCUUCCAGUUGGUUACUUUCUCUCCAGAGUCCAAGAAUUCAAAUUCUAUAAGAACCGACAUACUCGAUAGCGCUUGUCAAAUUUUCUUGAGCGUGCAGAUGUUUGUGCUGGGACCACGCCUCAUCCUUAGCGUUCGAGAAUAUUACGCUAAGCUCGUGGCCGAAUCCGACGCAGAAACUAGCAUAAGGAAAUGCCUGCGGAGUGUUCUGCAUGGAGGAGAAAUUUGGUCGAGGAUCUGUCGUGGUAUUUAUUUAAGCUACAGUAUAUUUAAGACUAGGUUUGCGUAGACAUUUCUCACUAAAUACUGGAAGUCGAUGAAUCGCCCGCACACACUUCGGCUCUCUGACUUAUCAUUUGACUUGAUGUUCAUUUGAAAAUUACUGAUAUAUUUCUCCAUAGGUGUUAACUAACACGAUCAAGAAUUCGUAUUCCCUACGGCAUCGGUAUACUACAAGGUAACAGUACAAACUGCAAUAUGAAUUGCAUUACAGUAAUAUUGUGUUUUUGGAAAGAGGCCUUCUCUAUGAUAUGUCUAGUUAGACAGUUGCUUGAUCUUCAUAAUGAUCGCUGUAGGAAAGCCACGAUUAAUAUCAGUCAGCAUCAAAUUCAAGAAUAAGACGAACAUUGAGGGUCAAGGUUUUGAUGAGGAAUUUGCUCAGACAAACCACCGCAGCCCUCCUUGGUCGUACCCAUGUAGCCAUACUUGGGUGUGAGCUGGCGCUCGAUGAGCCAAGUACCCAUCUUCGAACCAAGCUGAAACACACGUUAGUGUGA